ACAAAACCAGAAUAUACUUUGCUCUGUUGUGCAAAAUCCCUUUCCCUUUUCUUUCAUCCCUUCAAAUUUUCCAUCAUUUAUUUUGUAUUUUGUACCCACUCUUGUUGCAAUAUAGGUAUGGUUUUCUUUCAAGAACUCCUCUUCACUUUAGGACUCUCGUUGCUUUUUUAUGCCAUAAUUGUCAAGCUGCAUCCGCAUAGUUUCAUGCAAGGUAGAUACUAUAGUUGGAGUCUUCAGUCUAGUGUCACAGCUGUCCCGUCUAGGUCAAAAAAUGACGCUAGUAAGAAAAGUGCUUACUAUAUCAAAGACUUAGCAAGAAGGAAUGAUCAGAAAAGCAAAGAAUUGAGGGUCAAAAAAGUUGUCGAGGAAAAUCCUAUGGAGGAUGUUGGCAUAUUUGGAACUGCAGUAUUAGAAGAAAAGAUGAAGAAAAAUGAACAAGAAGUGUCAAAGGAAGAAGGUGAGACAUACGUUAAACAAAAUGUCGGUGGUGAUCAUGACAACGGGGUGAAAGAGAAAGUAAGUGACAAAAGUUGUUAUGUGGCCCCGAAAUUUCGGGAAUUUGAAAUUGGGUCCCUGUAUUAUGUUGAAGAAAUUCCAGAGGAACUUGAAUUUCAAGAAAUUGAGAACAACCCAAGUGAGAAAGAUGGGGUGGCAAAGGAGGGAGCUGGAAAUUUAGAAAAGCAAGAUGUAUUAGUGGAGGAAGAUGACAAGGGGUUAUUAGAAGAUUGGGAAGGUAUAGAGAGAACAGAUUUGGAAAAGCAAUUCGGUGCAGCGGUGGUAUUUGUUGAUUCCAAAAAGAAUGAUGAAGUUCUUGACAAUGAGUUGAAGAUGAAGCUUUAUGGGCUUCACAAGAUAGCCACUGAGGGGCCGUGUUAUGGACCGCAGCCGAUGCCGUUCAAGCUUUCAGCUCGUGCAAAAUGGAGCUCUUGGCACAGGCUAGGAGAUAUGAGUAGGGAGAAGGCUAUGGAAAAGUAUGUAGCCCUUCUCUCAGAUAGAGUUGCAGAAUGGAAGAUAGAUAAGACUGAUGUUAACUAUGAACUGAUUUCUCGAGACAUUGAAACAUCUCAGGAUAGACGGCACUUCUGCACAAGUUUCUCGGUUAAGAUGAAAGCUUUCCAGACUGGUACCUAUGAAUGGGACCAAUGAAUUUUAUUGUGGUCACUUCAGUUAUUUGCAUGAGAGUCGACGUGCAAAGUUUAUAGUAAUGUUCCAGUUCUGUAAAUUAAACUGGUCAUAUGAUUGUCUUGUCAACUUCUCUUCUCUGUAUUCAACUAGGUAGUAUGUAUAUAGACGUUUUGCGAGGAACUGAGUAGUAGUGCUACAAUGGUGCCUCGGUCAUGGAUACAUGUAAUGUAAAGGCAGGUUAAAAUAGUGCAAUAGUGCACUGAAAGCACCAAGGAAGUUGUUGAUUCUUCUUAGCCACCGGGUGUAAAUGUAUACUUUCCUCAGUAAUCUAUCCCUUUUGCUAGCUG